AUGUCUAACAGAAACAAUAACAAGCUGCCCAGCAACCUGCCGCAGUUACAGAAUCUGAUCAAGCAAGAUACGCCAGCCUACGUCGAGGAGUUGCUACAGCAGUAUAAUCGCUACAAAUCCAAUGUGGAGAUUUUCAAAUUACAACCAAACAAACCUAGCAAAGAACUGGCAGAACUGGUGUUGUUUAUGGCACAGAUUGGUCACUGAUAUCCAGAACAUUUAAGUAAUUUUCCUCAAGAGCUGAAAGAUCUUCUCUCCUACAAUCACACUGUCUUGGAUCCAGAUCUUCGAAUGACUUUAUACACACAUAUUGUCACUGAUAUCAAGAAUAUAAAUGCAAAACACAAAAACAAUAAAGUGAAUAUAGUGUUGCAGAAUUUCAUGUACACCAUGUUAAGAGACAGCAAUGCAACUGCAGCCAAGAUAUCUCUGGAUGUGAUGAUUGAACUCUACAGAAGAAACAUCUGGAAUGAUGCCAAAACUGUCAAUGUGAUCACAACUGCAUGUUUCUCUAAGGUCACCAAGAUAUUAGUUGCUGCUUUGACAUUUUUCCUUGGGAAAGAUGAAGAGGCGAAACAGGACAGUGACUCAGAAUCUGAGGAUGAAGGACCAACAGCAAGAGACCUGCUAGUGCAAUACGCCACAGGGAAGAAAAGCUCCAAACACAAGAAAAGGUUGGAAAAGGCUAUGAAAGUGCUCAAGAAACAAAAAAAGAAGAAAAAACCAGAGGUCUUUAACUUUUCAGCUAUUCAUUUGAUUUAUGAUCCCCAAGAUUUUGCAGAAAAACUACUAAAGCAGCUCGAGAGCUCUACGUAGAGGUUUGAGGUGAAAAUGAUGCUCAUGAACCUCAUCUCCAGAUUGGUGGGAAUUCACGAGCUUUUUCUCUUUAACUUCUAUCCAUUUGUGCAAAGAUUUCUGCAGCCCCACCAAAGAGAAGUAACAAAGAUCCUUCUGUUUGCUGCCCAAGCAUCUCAUCACUUAGUACCCCCACAGAUCAUUCAGUCAGUGCUCAUGACUGUGGCCAACAAUUUUGUCACCGACAAGAACUCUGGGGAGAACAUGACAGUAGGAAUCAAUGCUAUAAAAGAGAUAACAGCUCAAUGUCCUCUAGCCAUGACUGAAGAACUUCUCCAAGACCUGGCUCAGUAUAAAACACACAGAGAUAAGAAUGUGAUGAUGUCUGCUAGAACUUUGAUUCAGCUCUUCCGAACACUGAAUCCUAAGAUGUUGCAGAAGAAAUUCCAGGGUAAGCCUAUGGAGUCCUCCAUAGAAGCAAGAGUGCAAGAAUAUGGAGAAUUAGAUGCUAAAGAUUACAUUCCAGGAGCAGAAGUUUUAGAAGUUGAAAACGAAGAGGAUGCUAAAAACGAUGAAGAUGGGUGGGAAAGUACCAGUCUCAGUGAACCCCAGUGCUCCGAUGAUGAGUGGGUUGAUGUACACUACUCUUCUGAUGAAGAACAGCAAGAAAUAUCCAAGAAGCUCAACAGCAUGCCCAUGGAGGAGCGGAAAGCCAAAGCUGCAGCCAUUAGCACGAGCCGAGUUUUAACUCAGGAAGACUUCCAGAAAAUCUGCAUGGCCCAAAUGAGGAAAGAACAUGACACUGCCCCAGGGAAAGCCCAAAAGAGGAAAUACAUUGAAACUGAUGGUGAUGAGGAGCCCAGGGGUGAGUUACUUUCUCUUCGGGACAGUGAACGCCUUCAUAAGAAGCCAAAGUAUGACAAGGAGACAAAACUAGCCACGGCAAUGGCUGGAAAGACAGACCAAAAAGAAUUUGUGAGGAAGAAAACCAAAAUGAACCCAUUUUCCAGUUCCACAAAUAAAGAGAAGAAAAAACAGAAGAACUUUAUGAUGACGGGAUAUAGCCAUCAUGUCCAGUCAAGAAACAAACGUUCCUUCCGAGAAAAGCAGCUGGCACUAGGAGAUGCACUUUUGAAAAAGAGAAAAAGAAUGAAGUAA